AUGGGUUAUUUUGAACAAGUUACUCCAGAAGGCCCUGAAACUAAUCAGCACGAUGAGCAGCGCUCCAUACGUUUACAUGCAUUUUCUGAUCUAUCACACGUCCCUGCAGCCACUUUUAUUUAUCUCUUAAAGGACUGCUAUGGAUAUGGUACGAACAAAGCAACCUCAAAGUUUAAGAUCCUCAUGCAGCUGGUUAAAGUGGCAUUGCAUAAUGGUCCACAGCCAGGCCCGUUCACAUAUGUUGUCCAGUGUAUGUAUAUUGUACCUCUGCUGGGGAAAACUUAUUCUGAAGGGUUCAGCCAUAUGUUGACAUCCUCUUUAAGGCACUUGAAAUCUGUGGAAUCAGUACAGAAAGAUUUCUUGGAGGCAAAGCACCUUGCCGUACAACUUGUUCUUGAUAUCCUUGAUUCUGUUGUACCCCAUGAGAACCGCAUAUUGAUCAAGCUUCUUGAGACAUUUGAAAUUGAGUUGAGAGACGUGGCUCAUGCUUUGUAUGGUUCAGAGUUGGAUGAUGAUGAUCUAAUGAAAGCAAGGGAACAUCUUAGACAGCAAGUAAAGCGCUGUAUGGAAUCAGAAUCCAAUGCAGUCGCUGUGGCUCUAAUAACACGUUUUUCCAUCCAAUGCUGUGACGAGUCCUUUAUCAUAAAAUUGAUUGAAAACAAUCAAUUAGAGAUUGCAGAGGAGUGUGCUACUUUCAUGGGCAAGGAAAUGAUAUCUUUAGUCAUUCAAAAGUAUCUAGAUAUAAAAAUGCUGAAGAGUGCGAACAAAUUGGUCAAAGAACAUGAACUCACUGAAGAGUUCCCAGAUGUUAGUUAUUUGUAUAAAGAGAGUUUAGUAAAGAAGUUGGCUGAGAAAGGAUGCUGGGAUAUUGCAGAAACUAGGGCCAAGAAGGAAACAAAACUCCUGGAAUACCUGGUAUAUUUAGCAAUGGAAGCUGGUUAUAUGGAGAAAGUUGAUGAGCUUUGCCAGCGAUACUCUCUUGAAAGUUAUGUUGAUUCUUUGGUUCCGGAGAAGGUUUUCUGUGUAUCUGAUUACUUAGAUCUGAAGAAAUUGGAUGUGGAAGAAAUUGUCUGGGUUGAUGAGAUCAAUGGACUGCUUAAUGCAACAAGUAAUAUUGAAGCUUGUAAAAUUAUUGGCAUGGAUUGCGAGUGGAGACCUAAUUUCGAGAAAAAUACUAAACCUAGUAAGGUCUCAAUCAUACAAAUUGCAUCAGAUAAGGUAGCCUUCAUUUUUGAUCUGAUUAAAUUGUAUGAAGAUGACCCAAAAGCAUUGGACAGCUGCUUGAGGCGUAUUAUGUGUUCAUCUAAGAUACUAAAGCUGGGCUAUGACAUUCAAUGUGAUCUUCAUCAACUAAUGCAAUCCUAUGGAGAAUUGGAAUGUUUUCAGUCCUAUGAAAUGCUACUUGAUAUGCAGAAGCUGUUUAAAGGGGUUACUGGUGGCCUCUCUGGAUUGUCGAAGGAAAUAUUAGGAGCUGGUUUGAACAAGUCCCGGCGUAAUAGCAACUGGGAGCAACGGCCACUAACCCAAAAUCAGAAAGAGUAUGCUGCUCUUGACGCUGUGGUCCUUGUGCAUAUAUUCCAUGAACACAUGCGGAGGCAAGCACAGUUUGGUGUCUCCGAGGGAAACAAAGUGGAAUGGAAGUCUCACGUUGUAAGUUGUCACUCUACACACCUGGCGAGAAAUAAUUCCACUGCUUCGUGUGAUACUCCAGGGCAUCAGCUGAUACAGCUAACUGUCUUUUGCAGAGCAACUUUCGUAGGGCCUAGUAGGAUCUCUAUUAGGACCCUCAAGUUUGGGUGGGUACCUAAAUCCUCCCUCCGGCCUCAUUCUUGGGGGCUCACCCUGAGGCCCCCAUUCUACAGGGACGAUGGUUCCUCUCCUGCGUCGCUUUUCCGUCCAUGCAAGCUGCACUUUUGCGCCACUCGGAAGGGUCACUCAAUGGAUCUGGGAGGUAAAGGGAUCGGUAGGGCGGCUCUGGCGAGGGAGCUCAGCAUCCCUAUCGAUGAGAUUGAGGAUGGGAACAGAGAUCAGCUCUGUCAAUGA